AUGUUUGCAAAGCAUUUCUUCACAAUUUAUAAUAAACUUAAGGAGAGUGAAGCAACAGAUGGAAUGCCACCAUACUUUAAGUUUCUCACACUUCUAUCCUUUCACGUAUUUCUUGAAGAAUGUGUCGACGUGGCCAUCGUAGAAGUCGGAAUUGGUGGAGAGUAUGACUGCACGAAUAUCAUCCCACAUCCUGUCGUCUGUGGUAUCUCCACAUUGGAUAUUGAUCACACUUCUAUACUGGGAUCUACUUUACCUUCUAUUGCAUGGCAUAAAGCCGGUAUUCUGAAGAAUGGUUCGCCAGCAAUCACGAGUUCUGCUCCUCCUGAUGCUUAUGCUGUGAUGGCGAAGCGUGCCGAAGAGCGUGAGGUGAGCUGUUUCAAAACAAAGUACUUUCAAGACCAUAGCGCUCCAUAG